UUUUCAUCUUCAAGUCGUAAUUUAUAUUUCAUUCAUGAAUUUGUAAUAACCGACUACUACACACAUUUUUCAACUACCACAUAUAGUUAUAACAAUACUAUCCUUUACAAAACAUUUCUAAUAUCUGAUGACACGUAAUAUGUUUACAUCAGACCCUUCAACAAUAUCUAUGGAAAUGUUUUAAAGAGUAGAUGAAAUGCUACACUGAACAGAUAUGCCCCUGUUUAUAGUUGAAUAACCACCUGGAAUCUGUUUCUUUACUACCCAGAAGGGGCUAAACACAGAGGGGACAAGCAAGGACAAAUGGAUUAAGACGAUUAUAUCGACCCCAGUGCGUAACUGGUACUUAAUUUAUCGACCCCGAAAGGAUGAAAGGCAAAGUCGACCUCGGCGGAAUUUGAACUCAGAAUGUAACGGCAGACGAGAUACGGCUACGCAUUUCGUCCGGCGUGCUAACGUUUCUGCCAGCUCGGUAGAAAUAAUUUACAUUUGCAUAUUAAGCUUGGAUAAAAGUGUAUAUAAAGGAUUUUCAGCAUCUGAUGAUAUUCAACAAAGAUUUCUGUUAAUGAAGAUACAGGAGUGAAAAUAUUUGUUAGAAGCAUUAAUGCAAGCAUAUAAAAUAUAUACUACUGUGGUGGAAGGAGAAAUAUCAUGGAGAAUAAAUCAAUUGUGAACAAGGCUAAAUGUAAAACACAGUCUAAAAGAAUUGAUUUUCUUGAUGGAAAACUGAAAGAGAAAAGGAAAAUACCAUAUCACUGUGAUAUUUGUGGUAAAUCAUUCUCUAGAAGCAAAAACUUUGCUAAACACAAACAAAGUCAUACAGGAGAGAAGCCAUAUCACUGUGAUAUCUGUGGGAAAUCGUUCUCUAGAAGUAAUAACUUAACUAUACACAAACGUAUUCAUACAGGUGAGAAACCAUAUCAUUGUGAUAUCUGUGGUAAAUCAUUCUCGGGAUGUUUUGAAUUAAAUAGACACAAGCGUAUUCAUACAGGUGAGAAACCAUAUCACUGUUAUAUCUGUGGUAAAUCGUUUGCUCAAAGUCACCAGUUAACUGAUCACAAACGUAUUCAUACUGGAGAGAAACCAUAUCACUGUGAUAUUUGUGGUAAAUCAUUCUCGCAAAGUAGUGUCUUAACUUCUCACAAACGUAUUCACUCAGGGGAGAAGCCAUAUCACUGUGAUAUCUGCGGUAAGUCAUUCUGUCAAAGUGGAGAAUUAACUAGACACAAACGUAUUCAUACAGGAAGAGAAAACACUCACUGAUUUCUAUAGGGAAACAGGAAUAACAUACUUAAAAAAUUAUUCAUAAAGAAGAGACCCUAUCCUUGUGAUAGCUGUGGUAAAAUUGUUUUGUCAAAAACGUCUCAACUAAAAGUUUGUAUACACACAAGUGCAACCAUUGCAAUGUUAAAAUUCUUUCUCUUACGUAACACUGGAAAAAGAUAUGACUGUGUAGCAACAACCUCCCAAUAUUUUUUUUUAUAACCAUAUCUAUAUCGGUAAAGGCACAUGGCUCAGUGGUAAGAGCAUCGGGCUCACAAUCAUGAGGUAGUGAGUUUGAUUCUCGAACCGGGCUGUGUUGUGUUCUUGAGCAAGACACUUUAUUUCAUGUUGCUCAAGUUCACUCAGAUGUAGAAAUGAGAUGCAACAUCACUGGUGCCAAGCUGUAUCAACUUUUGCCUUUCCCUUGGAUGAAACAUCAGUGGCAUAGAGAAGGGGAAGCUGAUAUGCAUGAGCGACUGCUAGUCUUCCAUGGACAACCUUUCCCAGAUUCAUGCCUAGGAUGCAAUACCACAGUCAUUCAUGACCGAAGCGGGGUCUUUACUUUUUGUCUAUAUCUACUUCCAUGAGAAAACUUCACACUGAUAUCUUUA